UUCUGAAGGACUGCCUUUAAAGUCCUAACCAUGUCCUUUUUCUAGAUCCUGUGCUGGUAUCCUUAGAACCAGUUGGUCCAGCUGCUUGCAGCAUUCUGGGUGAUUUUCUAGUUAUAAGGACAAUCAAAACUCAAGUUUGAUUUCUUUAUCAUUCCCCCUCCCCUAAUGUACCUAAGUGUAUUUUUUAGAUGUACUGUUGUAUGACUGGGGAGUACAGCCUUCCAGAAGGUUUAGGGUCAUCACUCUGUCAGGAUCUUGGGGUGCUUACGUAGCAGGCAUCUGACCAGAGAUUGGGAUGGAAGGGCCAUUGUUUAAGGGUGGGAAGAAAGCUGAGAGUUAUUGGGGUUCUGGUUAGAUGGAGUUUCCCAUUCUGAUAGAAAACUUGUCGAGUUGUGACUGCCCACAUACUUCAAGUGAUAUGCUUUAACCGUGCCUGUGAGAUAUGAGUGAGCUGGGGCAGACACGAAUGUCACAUGGUGUCCCGUGAGACAGGACACAGGCAGCCAGGGUCACAGGUGGCUCUUGGGUGCUGACAGGCAGCUCUCUGUUGCCUGGUCUUUGGAAAUUGAUCUGCGACCUGGUCAUUCUUCUCGGGUUCCAUUAGAAGAAUUCUAACACCUUUGUGCAGAUUAGCCUGGCAUUAGCUGGCCCUGUCUUUGGCAGAAGCAGACACGUCAUACAGAGUGUGGCUUGUAAACAACCUGUUUACUUCUUACUCUGCAGAUAUAGUCGCUUACAGCAUUGUUUUACAUCCAACUCUCUCUUUACUGUGGAGCUUGGUGACUGGUAAUCUAAAAGUAUGUCAGUAUUUCUGUCACAAACACUCUAAGUGGUUUGUCUCCGGUUAGGUUUGUUCCAGCAUCGUUUUACAUGGACCCAGGAUCUAUUCCAUCCAUGGGUAAAUGUAACAAGCUUUCUCACUCUUCAAGGCAGGCUUGUCAAGUGCUCACAAAGCUAGGAGUCAGAGACCAGAGAGAGGUGGACCCUCACCUCAGAGAAGUUCUAGUCUAAGCACUGGGUCAAGGGCAGAGCCAGCAUUCAUAAAAAGUGAAGGAGACCAACCCCUCAGGAAGCUGGAGAGGUGGUGGAGCUAGCCCAGGGGUCUUGACCUCUGAGUGGGGUUACUGCACACACUUCCUGCUCAAGUCUUUGGGAUCCCAAUUGUGAAGUAACAGGGUCAGAAAUGGGGUGCUUUAAUCUGCCUACCUACUUCUGACAUGUUACUGUGUGAAACCAGUAUCCUUACUGCUCAUGACUAGUUUUCAAAUAUCAUCAUCUCUUAUAUGUUCAUGCAUCCGUGUGUGUGUGUGUGUGUGUGUGCGCGUGCGCGCGCACACGCGAAUACAGGCAGGUUUUUGGCAGCUUAGUAAUAUCCACACGUUUUUUUUAAUUUAAAAAUUAAAUUAAAAUUACAAAAAGUUAAAAAUCGGUUUGAGAAUGUAUCUCAGCAGGAGAGCAGUUAGCUAGUAUAUGCAAGGCCCUGGGUUUAGUCCUCAGCACUAUUGAAAAGUAAAAGUAAAAUUAAAGAUUGAGUUAUGGUGAGUCCUUCUGUUUCUAGCUGAAACCACUAAAGGUUUGUCAGGGACUUGAGAAAGAAGGCUGAACGCUGGUUUAGCUCUUUAAAUUGGCAGUUGUUGUUGUUGUUGUUCUUUUGUUUGUUUGUUUUCACUAGUACCUCCAAAACUAAGACAAUAAAUGCUGGGGAGUGGGUUGUGUGUGCACAGAGUUCCACAUCUGUAGAAUGUUUACUAUUAUAUUAAGACUUUAGAUUUCUAAAUUUUGAUGCUUUCAUCCCACUGUGCUGUUAGGACUCUAUAGAUCCCUCCACCCCCAAGUUAUAACAAAUCAUGUUCAAAAGGUUUUCUUGCUAAGGCAUCUAUUUAAAUGGCUUCUUCUGGGUUCGUAUUCUCCCUUAUCCUCUAGUGGUGGCUAUUACCAAGUACAAGGCGAGAAGGAAUGACCAAGACGGGAGGAAUAUUAGGCAGGACGGGGAGCUUAGAGGUGGAUCCUCUCAUGAAUGUGAGCGUGCCGGCCAGCGGCUGUCACACAUGAGCCAAAGGUUAGGCAGGCGCAGCUCAGAUACCACUUUGACCUUGUGUUUUCCUUUCUGUGUCAAAUGUGUGUCCUGUACUUCCUCUCCGUGCGCCCUUGCCAGUGGACGCUCAGGGGAGAGGUGACAUCCAGCCUCAGUUGGACAGCGCUCUCCAGGAUGUCAACGAUAAAUAUCUCCUCCUGGAGGAAACAGAAAAGCAGGCUGUGCGCAAAGCACUGAUCGAAGAACGUGGCCGGUUCUGCACCUUCAUUUCUAUGCUGCGGCCAGUGAUUGAGGAAGAGAUUUCCAUGUUAGGAGAAAUUACCCACCUUCAGACCAUAUCAGAAGAUCUGAAGAGCCUGACCAUGGACCCUCACAAACUGCCCUCCUCGAGUGAACAGGUGAUUCUGGACUUGAAAGGUUCUGAUUACAGCUGGUCCUAUCAGACGCCACCUUCUUCCCCCAGCACAACCAUGUCCAGAAAGUCAAGUGUCUGCAGCAGCCUGAACAGUGUCAACAGCAGUGACUCCCGGUCCAGCGGUUCCCAUUCGCAUUCCCCCAGCUCGCAUUACCGAUAUCGCAGCUCCAACCUGGCCCAGCAGGCCCCUGUGAGGCUGUCCAGCGUGUCCUCCCACGACUCAGGAUUUAUAUCCCAGGACGCCUUCCAGUCCAAGUCCCCCUCUCCCAUGCCACCUGAGGCUGCCAACCAGUUGUCUAAUGGGUUUUCUCACUAUAGUUUAUCAAGUGAGUCCCAUGCAGGGCCCGUGGGUGCAGGCCCUUUCCCUCAUUGCCUGCCUGCCUCCCGCCUGCUCCCUCGGGUCACCUCUAUCCACCUUCCUGACUACGCUCAUUAUUACACCAUUGGGCCCGGCAUGUUCCCGUCAUCUCAGAUCCCUAGCUGGAAGGACUGGGCAAAGCCAGGACCCUACGACCAGCCACUGGUGAACACUCUCCAGCGCCGCAAAGAGAAGCGCGAGGCGGACUCCAGUGGGGGAGGCCCCACGGCCACAGCAGGUCCACCUGCAGCUGCUGAAGAGGCACAGAGACCCAGGAGCAUGACCGUGUCAGCCGCCCCCAGGCCUGGCGAGGAUAUGGAGGCCUGUGAUGAACUGGCCCUCGCCCUGUCACGGGGCCUCCAGCUGGACGCGCAGAGGAGCAGCCGGGACUCACUACAGUGCUCCAGCGGCUAUAGCACCCAGACCACCACCCCGUGCUGCUCGGAGGAUACCAUCCCCUCCCAAGGUACGAGGCGCCCAGCUUGCUGUCCGGCUUUCCGGGCGGCUCCAGUUUCAGAUUACGAUUAUUUCUCUGUAAGUGGUGACCAGGAGGCAGAGCAGCAGGAAUUUGACAAGUCCUCCACCAUUCCAAGGAACAGUGACAUCAGCCAGUCUUACAGGCGGAUGUUCCAAGCCAAGCGUCCGGCCUCAACGGCUGGCCUUCCCACCACUCUUGGACCUGCUAUGGUCACACCAGGGGUUGCGACCAUCCGAAGGACCCCUUCCACCAAGCCUUCUGUUCGCCGGGGGACCAUUGGAGCUGGUCCUAUUCCUAUCAAGACACCAGUGAUCCCUGUCAAAACCCCAACUGUCCCAGACCUCCCUGGGGUUUUGCCAUCCCCUCCAGAUGGGCCAGAGGAGAGGGGUGAGCACAGCCCUGAGUCUCCAUCUGUGGGGGAGGGACCCCAGGGUGUCAGCAAUAUACCCUCUUCCUUGUGGAGUGGCCAUGCGCCGAUCAACCCUCCACUUCCAGGCCCAAAGCCCAGUAUACCUGAGGAGCACAGACAAGCAAUUCCAGAGAGCGAGGCUGAAGACCAGGAAAGAGACCCCUCAAGCACCAGUGUCUCCCCAGGCCCGAUUCCAGAGAGUGACCCAGCAGACCUGAGCCCAAGGGAAAGCCCUCAGGGAGAAGACAUGCUGAACGCCAUCCGGAGGGGAGUGAAGCUGAAGAAGACGACCACCAACGAUCGCUCAGCCCCUCGCUUCUCUUAGGUUCUCAUAGUUCCCAGGAAGUGCUGCCAGUGGGAACGAACUCUAAUUAAUAAAGCCUAAUUUGUCUUGAUCCAUUCCAGUCUAUAAUCAAGCAAAAGAUUUUGUAGGCAGUUCGGAAUUCUGCUCUUUUCAAACUAUUCAACAUCUUUAGAUAAGAACUAAAAGCAACAUAUGUAAUUGACAUAAUCUUGAUCUUUUAAUUUGUAAAUAUUGACGAUUUCUUUCUGCAUAUUUUAACCUUAGUUUCCCUUUUGAUUUUUCUGAAGGUGCCAAAUUCCAUUUAACUUUUUUACAGGUCUUUGUAAAAUUUUAAAAGCAUAAAGGGGAGGGGUGGGUUGGGACAGGGAGCCUUGGGGUCAUUUCACAGAAGGGUUACUUACUUAGUUCUUUUUCUUUCUUCCCUCACUCACGCUCCGUAGAUGCACUGUAGUCUAGUUUAGAAGCAAAUCAAGUUAUUUUAAUGGAUAAACACAACGGAUAAGAGGUAAAAGCCUCAUUCACAUAUACUGUGUUCUGGAGGAGAAAUGCAGAUAACAGUUGAGCAAUAUGCAGAGAAGAAAACCUGGACGUGGUGGAUGGACUGUGUUGGGAUUGGGGGGAGGGCUGGGGGAGGGGCACACUGUCAACAUAGCCAAUCCUGUUACAUUUAAGAGUAGCCUCGUAGGUUGAAUUUCCAGUAGCUUCAUGGUUAACGCAUCCGAUUAAGCCAUACUAGAUUGCAGUGUUUGUUUCUGUAAGGUUUUUAAGGACAUCCUUUCUCCCAGCAUUCCUCUCGACCACACACACGGCACCCACAUCCAGUCCUGCGCAUGCUGCUGCCACGGGUAGACAUAGUCCCUUCCUUACUUUCUCGUCUCUUAUACUCACUUCCACUGAAUCCAGAUACAUCCAGAGGGGUAAGGCAAUUCAGAAAAUGUUAAAACAUUUUAAAGUAAUAGCAGGGAAUUCUUAGAUAUAGAAGAUGCCUUUUACUUAACUGUGCCCAGCAGGCUGGGUGCGUUGAAAAGCCCAGAUAUUUUGAAGAAAAAAAAAAUUCAAACAGAUUUAUCAAGGGUAACCAGCUUGGAGUCUAGCAAUUCUGCCAAUGUGCUUACCAAUCUGGGGGCUUGUUUUUCUUCCCUUCCUUAAAUAAGGGCAGUUGGUUGGCUUCUAAACACCGGAGCGAAAAGGAUUUAUUUACUGUCAACUGGGAGCCUGAUUUCAAGUCAGGCAACGUCUUUUCUUUGUUUAAAGAUGAAUGUCUUUUUUUUAAGUGGAAGUUAAAUUUGUUACAACGCCCAUCCCUAAAGUCAACAGAGAUUUGUAGAUUCCAAGAGCUCACAUUUAAAGACAGCUGUUAAGAAGGCAAGGCCCUCAGCAGUUCAGUAACUGAUAGUGCACGUUUGAAAUUUGGGCAAGAAAAAGGUGGGUCCUGUGUGCUCUGCAGAUCUCGGUUGGCUCUAGCCUCUGAUGACAUAAUCUUAUACUUUAACACAUAGCCACGUUGGAUGUGAGAGUAACGUUCCUCUAGUCAUUGUUCUAUAUAUUAACAUUUAACACUGCUGUGAUUGCUCAAAGGACAUUUUAUGUUAUGGCUUUAAAGCAAAGGCAUGAUUAUUAGAAAUGACUUAAGCUCUUUUCUUUGAAAAACAAGCUCCUUUUACAGACUAUAAGCAAACAGUAGUGCCUGUGGUUUAGCCCACCAACCUUGAUGACUCAAAGUAGCUGAUGCAUUGUGCAUAUGAUGCUUGAGAUGGUUUUUGCAGAUGCAGAAAUCGCUGCGAGGUCAUUCUAAUAGAGACAAGUGGUAUUUUAAACCUUUGAAAGGAAUGGAUGUAACUGUACCUUGGUACAGCUUCUCACUUGUUUAGUUUUUAAACGUUAGUAUAAUCUGAAUAAAGUUAAUAUAAACUGUUGCCAAAUUCAAUGUAGAAAGAAUGUGACAAACACCUUGGGUAGUUCUGUUUGUGUUUUUGCACAUUGUAAAAGCAGUGUCACAGCUGAAAACAAACCCUUUCUAAAGGUAAAUUAUUGUGGUUUAGUUGCUAGUUUGUAUUGAGAGUUGACCUCUCCCUGUGCAGUUUUUGUUUGAAACUUGUAUAGAUAACAGCGUGUAAUGUGUCUCCCUUCUACAUUGUAACAGUUGCUUCUGCCUACCUUAUAAAUAAAGAAUCACUAAGAAAAAAA